AUGAGGCUCUCGAUUUUCACCAAGUUUACUCCUCUUAGGCUGCUUUCUGUUGCUAACACUCGCUUUGCCUCCAUAAUUGUGAUGCUUAAGAGAUUGAAACUUAUCAAAAAGGGUCUUCAAGCUAUGUUCAUAAGCGAAGAAUGGUCUUCUUAUAGAUUAGAUGAAACUGAGAAAGCAAACUAUGUGAAAGAAUAUAUUUUGAAUGAUGAUUGGUGGGACAAAGUAGCAUAUAUUCUUAGUUUCACUGGACUUAUAUAUAAGAUGAUUAGAGUUUGUGACACCGACAAGCCAUGUUUACACUUGGUAUAUUAUAGUGAUGCAUGGUUAAUGGAGGAUUCUACAAGAUGUGCUCCACAUAGGAAUGAAGAACUUUCACAAGAAAGGAUGAAAUAUUUUCGAAGGUUGUUUCCUAAUGAUGAUGAGUAUGGCAGAGACCUUGAUGAGUAUGCAAUGUUUUCAAUGAAGAGUGGUCCUUUUGGUUUGAUUUGCAGAUGCGAACUUUCUUUCAGAUGCAAACACGAUGAAUAG